AUGCCUUUGGAGCCUCCGUGGUACUCUAUCGAUUCUGAGGUAGAAAGAAGCGGCGCAAAUUCCAACGAAAGGACAGCUGGAUCGGCGAUCAUCAUCGAUAAUGGCUCCAGCGAGCUUCGCGCUGGGUUCGCAUCAAUCGACGAGCCGCAACCGACCCUCAGUCCAAAAUGCUACUUCCCGAAUGUAGUUUCGAGGUACAGGGAUCGCAAGAAGAACUCCAACUUCAUUCUAGCAGGGCGGGAUGCGUUUUGCGACAACCAAUCAAGGUCUGCAAUCAAGUCACCUUUCGAUGGGGACGUGGUCUGCAACUUUGAUGUGAUCGAAAAUGUACUCGAUUACACCUUCAUCAAGCUGGGUAUCACCUCGGAAGGGAGUGUUUCCCAUCCGAUUCUCAUGUCAGAAACACUGUGUAACCCGGCGUAUAGCAGGAGUAUGCUCAAUGAGCUCUUUUUCGAGGGCUAUAACGUCCCCUCUGUCAACUACGGACUUGAUGCUUUGUAUUCAGCUUACUACAACGACGUCAGCGACGGUCUGAUCGUUUCAUCGGGAAAUGCCUCAACCUAUGUGCUGCCGAUGCUCGCAUCCCGAGGAGUCCUAAGCAACGCGAAGCGGCUUACAUGGGGUGGCUCUCUGGCGACCGAAUAUCUUCUCAAGCUCUGCCAAAUGAAGUACCCCAACUUUCCCCUGCGCGUCUCAUCCAAUCAAGCGGCUCUGAUGCUGGAGCGACACAGUUAUGUCGCCGAAGACUUCGAUGCAGAGGUCAGGGCAUGCGCAACCCCGGAGGGCUUGGCUGAGCGCGAUGUUGUCGUCCAGUUCCCGAAUGCGACAAAUGCAGAUGGCAGCUCAAACGUAAUUCACUUGGACGGCACCACCUCACGAAUAGUAGGGUCUGUCCUGGAUGCAGACGAUGCGGAAGCCAAGGCAGCCGAGCAAGCGGAGAAACGACGGCAGCAGGGUCUCAGGCUGCAGGAACAGACUCAAAGAAUGCGAGCCGAGAAGAUGCAGCAAAAGGAGAACGAUUUGGAGUACUGGAUGGCAUUGCGUGAAUUCAAGAACAAGGAGCGCAAGGCAGAAUAUCUCAAGAGGCUCGAGUCUGAGGGCUUUGAUACUGAGCAGGAGCUGGAGACCACCAUCAAACGUACACAAGCGGCUCUGAAAAGAUCAAGAGCAAGAGGGGGAGGCGCUGUAGUCGAAGAAGAGGAGCAAGCGCCGCCUUCGUUCCCUUUGAUCGAUGUGCCAGAUCACUCGCUCGAUGAAGAGGGCGUCAAAGAGAAGCGGCGACAGAAGUUGAUGAAGGCCGGAUACGAUGCGCGUAUGAGGAUGAAGGCAGAGAAAGCUGAAGAGGCGCGCCUUAUUGCAGAAGAGCAGCAGCGUGACGAGGAUGAAAGGCUGAAUCGGCCUGAAGAAUGGCGCAAGCGCAUGCGGGGCCAGUAUGAGAAGGCAAUCGAGAAGAUCUUGGAGAGACGAAGGCUUAAGAAAAUGCUCAGCGAUCGAAAAAGUCUCGCGGCGCAGCAGAGGAUGAAGAGCAUCACCACACUGGCGAGCGACAGUCCGCCAGGCAAGAAGCGGCGGCGCGGAGGCGAUGACGAUACCUUUGGCGCAGACGACGAGGACUGGGCUGUGUACAAGGAAAUCAAAGGGGCAGAAGACUCAGAAGAAGAGGAAGAGGAGCAACAACAUUUUGAGAUGCUCGAGUCGAGGCUCCUCGAGCACGAUCCGAAUUUCACCACAGACGACACUUGGAAGGCUCAAAUAGCCAGGAAGACUCAACUGAGCGCCACAUUCUUGCGCGGUAGGCAUUUGCAAGAAUGGGAUUCCGAGGACCCGCUUUACCAACACCAGCUCCACUUGAACGUGGAACGUUUCCGAGUUCCCGAAGUGCUGUUCCAGCCGCAUAUGGCUGGUAUCGAUCAAGCAGGCUUGGAUGAGCUUUGUGCGCACAUCCUCAAGAACUACGACGGAAUUACGAGGCGCACGCUCGCUAAGAACGUUUUCCUCACCGGUCAACAUACCCAGUACCGAAACCUGGACAGCCGUCUUCGCGCGAGCUUGCAGAUGACGCAGCCGAUUGAUGUGCAGGUGCGAGUCAUUCGUGCUCAAAGCAUGCGCUUCGAUGCAUGGCGUGGCAUGGCGAAGUGGGUGUCAUCCUGCGCCGAUGAUUUUCGGACGUCAAGCAUUACUCGCGCAGAAUAUGACGAGAAAGGCAGCGAGUAUUUUAAAGAUCAUGGGUUGAGCGCUGCAAUGAUGCCAUGA